AUGAAAAAUAUCAUCGCGAAGAAGAACAGCUUCUGUGCGAUAAACAUAAGGUGGAUACCAAUUGAAAAGAUUAUGGUUUCCUUCUGGGAAUGUAUGAACAAGACAACUGAAGACAUGGUCCGCGGGGAGGCGUGGUGGGGCCGCGAGUGCUGCGGGCUGCCGCAGUCCGCGGGCUGCCAGCAGGCGUGCGUCACGGCCGCGGCUCGCCGCGACCUGGCCGCCAGCUGCCGCCACAGCGACGAGGUCGCCUUCUUCGCCUGCCUCGACCGCCAGCAGGCGGGCGCCGUGUGCUGUGGCGACGCCGCGCCGGAGGCCUGCGCCUCUGCAUGCCGCGACGCCUUCCGGGAGACGGGCAGCGCGGGCGGCGUCCCGCGCGUGCUUGCCUGCGCGCGCAACCACACGGCCGCCGCGCCCGUCCUGCAGCCGCACAAGUAUGUGCCGUGCUGUGAAGCGGCGGAGGAUGCGGGUUGCCGGGAGGCGUGCAGGCGGCUUCUGAAGACUCGCGCGCCCGCGGAGGACAUCCUAGACGGCCUGCAAGAGGCCGGCUGUGGACCGCCACUGCCACAUGACCGACUGUGGCAGUGCUUCCUGCAGCGUCAGCAGGAGCCAGCGGCCGGGGAGGCUGCGGCGGGGGCCGCGCCAGGGCUGGGGGCGGUCGGCGCGGAGGCGGAGGAGGCGGCGUCUUCGCGCAUCGACCGCGCGGGAAUGGACGCCGCCAAGCUGCACUGCUGCGCGCGCGCCGCCUCCACCGCGUGCCGCCGCCUCUGCUUCCGCACCUACUCCAGCGAGUGGGUGCGCUUCUGGCCGCAGUUCAGCGCCCACUGCCUCGAGGACUCCGCCGAGGUCGCGCUGCUCACCUGCGUCCAGGAAGUGGAGGAGCCGUGCGAGCUGGGCUGCGGCGGGCUGUCGUUCUGCGCGCCGGUGUCUCGGCCGCUGCAGCUGUUCCGCAGCUGCGACGCGCGCGCCGACGCGGCGGCCCGCGCCGCGGUCUCGCUGUGGUCCCGGCGCGGCGCCGCGCCGCUGCCGCUGCCCCUGCCGCUGCCGCUGCCGCUGCUGGACGUCCGCGCCUGCCGGCCGCACCUGUGGCGCGCCGUCGCCUGCGCGCUGCACCUCGCGCCCUGCCACGCCAACACGCGCUCCCUCACCAUCUGCAGGGAGGACUGCGAGUCGCUGCUGCAGAGCUGCGUGGACUGGCGCCGCGCCGCGCCCGGCCUCUCUCCCGCGGCGGUGUGCGCGCAGCUGUCCGCCGGCGACCGGCCGUGCGCGCCACUAGAGGCGCUGCUGGCGCCAGCGGGCUCCGAGGCUCGGGUGGCGCCACAGGACGCGCUGACAGCGCCGUGCCGCGGCCGGCCGUGCAACCACAGUCGCGCCUGCCUGCCCAACAGGGACUGCGCCGCCGGGCGGCCCUGUCACACGCACCGCUGCUUGCCAGGGUGCCGGCUGGGGGAGGUGUCGCAGUACGUGGUGCCGGGCGACACGCUGGUGGUCGUGCCGCAGAGCACGGGCUGCGCCAGGCUGUGCCGCUGCCCCAGGCACGGCGGCGCCCUGCACCGCUGCGAGCCGCUGCCCUGCGCCCCGCCGCAGCCCUGCUGGAUAGGCACCACCCGCAUAGAGCACAACUCGCAGUUCUACCUGGAGUGCAACCUGUGCGCGUGUUCCUCCGGAGAGCUGACGUGCACGCGGCGACAGUGCGACAGCAGCGCCGCCGCCUACAGCGGCCAGCCGUGCAACUGCCCGCCAGUGUACGCGCCAGUCUGCGCCGCCAGCGGCGUCACCUACGCCAGCGCCUGUCUCGCCAGGUGUGCGGGCGCCGGCGACGGAGAACUGGAGGCUGGCGCGUGCCCGGAGCGUGAUCCCUGCUCGCGACACGCGUGCCCGCGCGGCCAGCACUGCGUGCCUCUGCGGAGGGCGUGCCUGGAAGGAGCGCCGCGACACGCCUGCCGACAGCACCACUGCGUGGAGAAGGUGGAGUCAUGCAGUAGCCGGCCUCACGACCCCGUCUGCGACACCGAGGGCGAGGAGCACCCCAACCUGUGCUUCCUGCUGCACUACUGGAAGGCGCUCGCCUACCGCGGGCCCUGCCUCAAGAGCUGCUCGCUGUCGGGCGCCGUGUGCGGCGCGGACGGCGUGACGUACCGCUCCGAGUGCGAGGCGGUGGCCGCGCGCGUCCCCCUCGACUACGCGGGCCGCUGCUCCGGCUGCCGGGACCUGCGCAGGUGUCCGCCACUGGCCAGGCAGGGCUGCCAACCGCUGCGGCCGCCCGGCGCCUGCUGCCCUGUCUGCGCCGGAGCCCUCAUCCUCCUCUACAGCCGCAAACAGGUGGAGCUAUCGGUGCAGGCGGUGCGCGGCGACUCGCAGGCGUUGACGGUGCGGGCGGUGGUGGCGGCCCUGGAGCGCCUGGUGGCGGUGUCGGAGUGCGUGGUGCAGGGCUACGCCGGGGUGGGCCCGCAGCUGGUGGUGGUGGUGACGGCGCGCACGCCGGGCCGCGCGCCGUCGCACCUGCAGCUGGAGGCGUGCGCCGCCGAGGCGCGCAAGCUGUCUGCGCUGGUGCGCGCGCGCAGCCCGCGCCUCGCCGCGCAGCUGCCACUCAGUCUGCUGCUCGCCGCGGAGGACGUGACGGCCGCGCCGGAGACGUCCUCCGCGCCGAAGCCUGCCGGAGCCGGCGCCUGGCUCCUCGCCUUCACUGUCACGCUAUGCCUCUCUAGAGGCUGCACCAGGCUACAUACACAUCAGGCGUCAGUGGAUUAACUGAACCACAGAAGAACACACCGAAGUAUCGUUCCCGUUCUAGCGUGGGAGUACUCUGCAUUUUACCCGGGAACCGAAAGUGUGACAUCUGUAUUUGUACUCUUUGAAGCACCAUAAGGUUUACUGCGGCGCGUGCAAAGUUUAGCUGUGUCUUCCCUCGUCACUCCUUAUGAAAAGGUGUGUUAGAGACAUGAUUUCUGGACUUCUUCACAGUCCUGGGUGGCUUCUGAUGGAAUACAUUUCAGCAGUUUCGUUACGCCGCUGGAUAAUAUGCAAAAUACUAAUUUUAUUCACAGUCGACUGGUUUUCGAGCUCUGACAACAAAAAAGAAUCACAGGCAACAGAAAUUCAUUGCUGGAGAAAACCACGUGCCAGGAUUAUUUCCUGUGGGGUAGCAUCCAAGUACAUGCAAUUCCCAGUCACAAGUGCAUUGAAAAGUAUACUCAGGAUUUAAGAGAGAGAAGGGGUAGCUCAUAUAAGUUCUGCAAUAAAUGGCGAAACACCAUUGAGGUUUUUAGACACGUGACUCUGGCUUUCACUUACUAGUAGUCCAUAUCCUUCACAUGUUGUGGGUUUAUUCGGCCGAUACUCAAUUUAUGUAUCUGCCAUUCUCGUGGAGCAGGAUGCGAUCUCGGUUUGCAAGGAUCUUUGCCAUGUCGAGUGUGAGGUGACAGUCUCUCACUGAGUACGCCCUCGCACACGCACCACCCUUUUCCUGAUUCUUUCAAGGAAUUUUACUGGCAAAAUAUCUUGGAGGUGAAUCUGCUGUAGUCGAACCGUCGCCUCGCAAAUGAGCGUCGAUUUGAUUUUGCUUUUGUUCCAUCUCGCUUUCUCGCAAUGGGGAGAGUUCAGAAGUUUCUAGUUCCGAUUUUGUCAUUUUAUCUUAGCAUCAUAUUCCGGAAUACAUCAUUCGUCACUUGUGGUAUAGUGGCAUAAGAGGUCCGACUCCCUUGCAGGUCGUCAUUCUUCCCCUUAUCUAUUCCCUGAGUCGUUAUUUCGCCCCAUUUCUGCGCACUUUCACAUCCAGUCAAAUUCCGUGUUAAAGUUUCAUGAACGCUAAACAAGUUCAAAUUUUUCUCGCUGGUCAUCCUCCCCGUCAAUGGAUGACCUUACCUCACCAGACACGACACUCGAUCUGUAACGGCAUUCAUUUGCGACGUGGAGGACCUUCCCAUAUUUGUAUUCCACUUCGCCUCGGACAGCUGCAAAGGACUUGUGCCAUCUCAACACUUGAUCUCGUGUAGGAAGCUUUCACUAAUGGUAAAUACAUUAUGGUAGCUGUACUUUUAUGGCUGCGUGUGGUAUCAAAGGAAGGGUAGACACAUACACAAAAAUCUUUCAUAAAGCAUCCAAAACGACUGUGGAUAGAUGUGUCUGAAAAAUGUGUCAAAUUCAAAACAAUGUUUCUUACGAAGUCAAAAAUGCUUCAACAGUUUUUAGCUCAGAAUGUGUUGUACAACACUUUUUACUGUCCUCUCUUUUCCCCUCUGCCUUCCCUGUUCCGGGGAUUACAGAUCAUCACACAAUAACCAAAGGAAUCGCCGAAUCACUCUCUUUGUAAGAAACAGCGCAAAUAAUUACAACUUCAAUUAAGAUCUCAUACUAUGAUAGGCAAACUUGUGAGUCCACUUUUCCUCCACUUGACCGUCACCUACUAGAAACACAACACCCACCAGGAAUUUCAUACCAUUGCAACCAUGCCUUCAUGUCUUUGCACCUAGGUUAAGAUAUCGAAUAGUGACAUACGAAACUUAGAGCCUUUUACCUUUGAGAAAAAUUCC